AUGAUUAAUAUCGUUAGCGGUAUAGAAGUCUUAUACUUAUUCAUUCUAUCAAAUCAUGAUUGUGAGAUGGUAGAGGUCGAGGGUAGAAAAGAGGCUCUUGGAAGUGUAUGUAUAGUCAAUUCAUAUGGUAAUACAAUCUAUAAGAGUUAUGCUAAACCAGAGAGUUUUAUAACGAACUACCGAACAAGAUGGUCUGGACUGACCUAUGGAAUGCUUGAAAGAGCACCACCUGCAGCUUCAGUGAAAAGAGAUGUUGCAAUGAUCCUACGCAACAAGAUAGUGGUCGGGCAUAACUUGCAGAAAGACUUUCAAGUGUUGGAUUACCAACACGAUGAUCCCGAGAGAGUUAGAGAUAGUUACUGUUAUGAACCCUUGAUGUCUGAAAGAGAUAUCGUUGUAAAGAAGAAAAGUAGUAUUGCUCAAGAGCAGUCGGAAGAAGAUCAACAACCGGUAGUGGUAGAAUAUGAAACCGUAAAGAGACUCUAUCCACAAGCAUUAAAGAAAUUGGCAAAGAAGUAUCUAGCUGUUGAUAUACAAACAUACGAACACAGUGCAGAGGAAGAUUCACUCGCUUCAAUGAUGAUCUACAACAAACACAGUGUCGAUUGGGAAAGUUUAUUUAAUCGUAAGAAUCAAAAAUUUGAUUUGCUAUCCAUUGAAUAA